GGGGCUGCGCCGUGACGUAUUUUCCCGCGCGUCUCCCGCCUGCUGGGGGCUCCACGUGGUUAGCGCUUCCCGUGAUGGAGGGAGCUUUGCCGCCCCAGAAGCGCUUCUACCGGCAGCGCGCCCACUCCAACCCGCUGGCGGACCACACGCUGCACUAUCCUGCCAAGCCUCAAGAAAUGGACUGGUCUUUGCUGUUUCCAGAUUUCUUUGCCCCUUUGACCAAAGACAAUCAACACGAUGAUCCAAAGGAUGUGGAAGAGAGAACCAAGCCCACAUCGCAAGUAGAGUUUGCUGAUAUUGGCUGUGGCUAUGGGGGAUUGCUGGUUGCAUUGUCACCUCUGUUCCCUAACACAUUAAUGCUGGGCUUGGAGAUCCGUGUGAAGGUCUCGGAUUAUGUGCAGGACAGGAUCCGGUCACUGAGAGCAUCUCAUGCUGGGCAGUUCCAGAAUGUCGCCUGCAUUCGUAGCAAUGCCAUGAAGCACCUGCCCAACUUUUUUCACAAGGGACAGCUGUGCAAGAUGUUCUUCCUCUUCCCCGAUCCUCAUUUCAAGAAGACAAAACACAAAUGGCGGAUUAUCAGUUCGACUUUGCUGGCAGAGUAUGCCUAUGUCUUGCGUGAAGAGGGUCUGGUAUACACCAUCACAGAUGUAGAAGAAGUACAUAAAUGGAUGGUUACACAUUUUGAAGAACAUCCCCUUUUUGAGCAAGUCCCGCUGAAAGAGCUGUCCAGUGACCCCAUUAUUGACCUCCUGGGCACCUCAACUGAAGAAGGGAAGAAAGUUCAAAGAAAUGGAGGGAAAACCUUUCCAGCUGUCUUCCGGCGCAUCAGCGACACAACACAGGAAGUGGCAGCAACAUGAGUGGGGGAUUUCCUGAGCCUGCCCUGGAGUCACAUUGUCCACGUCUGCCUGAGAUGAUGAGGAGCUUCAGCUUAUGGAUUGCAUAAACAAUGAAAUGGGCUGAAAGGGUAACACUGGAGUCAAGCAUCUAUAAAUACAACUGGGAAAAUACCCAAAGGCUCGCCUACGGAGUUGCUUGUAUUAUUGUACUUUGUCCAUAGAAGGUGCUGGGUGGGAUAUAUGAGCCUUCAUGAAUAGAAGUGGGAGUUUUAGACAUGAAUCCCAGGACCAGAGGUUAUGAGACAAAAUUGUGUUGUCUCCCAAGCCACAGUAAAUUUAUAAUUUUCUUUGUCAAUGAGUAAUAAAUCAGAAGAUACUGGAAGUAGCUUUGUGUUGUUGAAUUCAGCCUGCAGUCAUUAGCAGAGGACCAGCACAAUAGUAAGUCUGUGUCACACUUUCUCAGUCUUAGAAUAAAGCAAAGGUGAAUCGUCUGUGAAUUAAUCUUGCUAUGAUAGGGUUACCACAAGUCAGAAAUGACUUGAAGGCAUGCAACAAUAACUGAGAUGCGGAUGACUAAUAUGAUUUAAGGAUGAGAUUUCUGAAAAUACCAUUAGUCUUAUUCUCUAUCGCCUAGAUUGCAGGAAAAAUUAUCUCUUUGGCCAGAUUUCUGAUUAUGGUUGUCAACCAUAAGCCUUUGCUACAACUACUCAGUGUUUGUAUAUAUAAAGCUGAAACUCCCAAAUGUAUACUGGCAGCUACAGUCGUACAAUGAACUUGCUAGGAACAGUGAUAUGUAUUCCUGGAGAAGGUGAAUUCUGUAAAGCCAUUAAUUAAACCAAUGUUAAUAAAUUAUAUAUUUUAUUUAUUUA